AUGGCCGCUUACAGACCCGGGGUGCUCAUCGGCAACUGGAACGAGGCCGCGUGUUUGGAGGAGGACCGCUUGAGGGAUUUUAUGCGUAAAAGAGAACGAGGAGAACUUUUAAUACAGAAAAUAAACAAACUUCAAGAUAAUCUUUUAAAGAAGAUACAGCUGUCGGUAUCUAAGGAUGGAUUUGUUCAUUUUGGAGACACUGUGAUGCUUUUGAACCCAGGCAACAAAUCCUCAGUGGAGAAUGACCCUGGAGCGUGCGGCAGUCUGACUUUGGCAAUUAAUCCGGGUGAAAUGUCCACAUAUUUGGCCGAAUCAUUGCAAGCCCCUUGUGGAGUUAGCACAGUCGAGAGCAUGGACCCUGUGGGUCGAAAUACUUUUUGUAUUUUAAGUGUUGAUGGAGGUGCAGUGGGUGAACCGAUUAGAUUUGGGCAAAACUUUGGUCUUGGGACAACAGGAGGGUUUUCUGACCAAAUGUUAUAUCUAGCAAGUGACCAUAAAUCAUUUUUACGAUUUGCUAAAAAAUCGUACCUUCAGCAAGUAUUUUUGACAGAUGAGCUUUCAUAUUUGACUUGCUGGCAAGCUGCCUUCUUGGAUCCACAGCUACGUCUUGAAUACGAAGGAUUUCCAGUUCCUGCAAACUCUAAAAUGAUUAUUACUCAUUGCCAUACUAAUCGGAGCUUAGCCGUUCCAAGGAACUUUUGGACAAGGUCUUAUUUUGGAAGAGAAUAUGAAGUAAUUUGUCACACUUAUCUGGACUCCCAUAAAGCUGAAGAAGAUAAGAAUUACUGGGUAAUAGUUACAGGAGAUCCCAGCAAUGAGGAUGGUACAAUGAUUGAUAGACCCAACCCUCACCCAGGCGGGAUCAGGAAGAAUGAGUUUCAUGAAGAGACAUAG